UCACUCGAUUAAAAUGGGUUUCGCAGUUUUGCGCUUUGCUACUCACAAUGCGCAAAUAAACAAUUUAAAAAAAUUCCAAAAAAAAACAUUUGUUCGAACUUCUUGGUUUUGAAUCUGAUGUGAACGGAUUUCGGACAACAAAGUACUAGCUUCGACAGCACCAGGACGUAAAGAAUGUCUGAAGAUCCACGAAACGCGGCUGUUUAUCAGAAUUUGGAAAAGCUAAUCAAAUGUUUAAUUGGAAAGGACUUGACUGAUGCUGAGCUCAGUUCGCUAGUACAAUAUGCAGUGCAGAAGGUACGCAAUCAUCGCUACAUGAGCACCAACAGCUUUGAAGUGAGUCGCUCCGUCGACAAUUUGGUCGACCGCUUUUACUAUGAGGGCAUGAUGAAUCAGGCGAACGCUAUGCGUUUCUUAAGCUCAUUGAUAAUGAACCAUGGGCUAUGGAAGGAACACUACGAGGUGGAUGUACAAUAUUCUCUAGUCGAUUUCUUUAUACACAUGACACACGAGCCGAUUCAGACACAUCGACGCAACAGGUUAUUGAUGGAAGAUCGCCUGAUGGCCAUAAGAGAUGCAAUCAAAGCAGCUCCCGAUUUCAAUGAACCCAAAGACUUGGCCGAGCCCAAUCUUGCCGAAACGGAAAUCGAUUGGGUGGCAUUCCUAAGUCAAGACUUCAUUGCGCCUCCCUACGAACGCUACGGUAGUGAUAGCAGCUUAAGCGAUUGGAGCGAUGACACCAGCAGUGAGCUGAGCUCACAGUACGAGGCUGAGAUCGAUUGCAAGACGAGUCUCGAUCAGAAGGAAAUGGCGAAGGUAUACGCGAGCUGCCGUGAUUAUCCCAUUGGCACGAAUACCUUUGUACCAGAGCCCAAGCGACCAGCUGGGCGGAAAAAAAAGAUGUUCAGCAUUACACAGCCGAUGUGCAUGUCCUUCAGUGGCAUACAGACGCGACCCAAUUGGUGUACGCUGCCCACGCUGGAGACGCUGCAGCCACCGCGGUCGCACAGGACGUUUAGCACUUUCGUCUUCGAUCCCAAUCAUUUGGCUAAGACGAUCCAUUCGCAUUGGUGGCGAGACGACAUCAAGAUCCAUACGCUGACGCCCACCAAAAAUCCGUGCGCCAACUUUGCCAUUGCUCACGUACAGCAUCUGAAUAGGCAUGCGCGCGGCCUGCUCAAGCAUUCGCUGCCCAAAACGGUCAACGAGACUUGCCUGCUCCGCGAGAUCAUCUUCAUGUUCUUCGAGCCCGUGGAUUGUUGCUUUUUUAAGGUGCAGCCGGAUCUGUUGCAAAUUAGCGUGCGUUCAAAUGUGUCCAUCAGCAGCGUUAGCCAUAGCACACUCAAGAUCACGCUGGAGGAGGAGGUGCUGCCGGCCUUGCAAGCCAUGUACCAGCUGCGUCAAUUGAUCAAGGAUCUGUUACGGCCCACUGACGGCAUGACGAGUACUGGCACCUUGGAGUGUUUCGCUGUUGGCUUGCGUGAUCUCAUGCACCCGAUCGUGCAACGUCUGUUAGCCUGUGAGCGACAGUUGCUGGAUAAGGCUGCCGGCAAAACGGAGUCGGACCUAACGCUGAUCGCCUUUGUGCUGCAUAUGCGCGAGCAAUUCAAGCAGCUCCAGCAGCUUCAGUUGCUAGCCUCUGAUGCCAUUAUUGAGGCGCCGCCCCACCUGAAAAGCGCCUAUCUGCUGACACAGCUCUUCAAGCACACACGGGUGCAUGUGCCACAUCAGAAGAUGGUCACCGCGCUGCUGUUGAUGACGCUGAAGCGCUUUUGCGACAUAAGCGAUAAUUGGUGGCGGUAUGCCGAGCUGAAUGACAGCCGGCUGGAGUACAUUGUGGAAUACAGCGCGGACGCGAGCGUGAUCGGCGGGCAGGGCAUACGUGAGCGUUGCCUGGCUGCCGAUGCGACGCCUGCGCAUGAAGCGAUUCUGGCGGAGCUGCAGGGCUGUGCAUUCUAUAAGCUGCUCAUUACGUAUGCUCUGGAGUCGGGUGAGACGCAGGAUCUGCUGGCCAGCAUCAAUUUGUUGGGCGAUUUGGUGAACACCAGCCAGCAGUUGAGACCGCUGCAUAAGGACCUGAUCAGACACUUCUUUGACGAGCUGAAAAGCUUUGAUAGCUGCGUUCAGCCAGAGAGCCGACCGCGCAGCAGCGUUUUGGGCGUGGUGCGCCAGGAGCUGCGCCAGUUCGACGAACAGCUUCUAAAGCACACAACACAAAUAGGUAAUCCCCAGCUAAUGGACAUAUUCACUCAACACAUACGGCGCGACCAGGCGCAGCGAAACCAAAUGGAAGAGCAGUCGCCGUCGCUGCAAGUGCUCGACAUUUUAGAGGCAUUGGAUAAAUGCACCAAACUGCAGCUGCCACAAUUGAUGCCCCGUGCUCUGGGCAAGGUUCUGCGUCAGCGCUGCGAUCUGGCUAAUGUCUAUGUGAUGCGUUGGUAUCGGGACGAGCUGCUCAUCGCCGAUCACGUGCGCUUCCUGCGCCACGUACUAAUGUUCGAGGCGGACUAUCUAAUUUAUCCCUUCUACACCAAUCUCUUCCGCCAAAUUGAGGCCGGUAUGAACUGGGCAUCGUCAUCGGACUUAACCACAGAGCUGUACGACAUUCUGGAUGUUCACUAUCCGAACAUGGCGUGUGAGCUGUACGUGGAGAUCAUUUCACGUUCGCGUUCGCAAUCGAUAAAGGUGUACGAAGCACUGAAUGCAGUUGGUAUGGUGUAUAUGAUGCCACCGGCUCUAUCCCGGAUCAUUACGAUGAAGCAUAUGAUAUCCUAUAAUAACAUUUGGCGCCUCAUGCUGAAGGUCAAGUGGGCCGCUUGGAAGCUGGAGAACAUGCACUUUAUAAGGCGAAAAGACACGGACUUGUACGGCCCGCUCGAUCUACUUGGAUUGACGGUGCGACGAUUGGAAAUUUUACGCUUCUGGCUAAUCAAUAUGGUCAACAGCCUGCACACACAUCUCUGCACCCAUGUCUUGCAGGCGAUUGGCAGUCAGUUCGAAGAUGAGCUGCAGAAGAUAUUAACUAUACGUGAGCUGGCGAAACUGCAUCAGGAGUAUCUGAUGUGCCUGUCCAAGCACUGUCUGCUAACCGAGGAGUUUGAGGAGUUUCACAGCGCUCUGGAGCAGAUCUUCCAUUUGAUCUUUGUGCUGGAUAUGGAGUGGAAUAGCUGCGGCAACUAUCUAAAUGUAUCCCAUGCGCUCAGCCUCGACAUUAGCUCCGAUAAUACGCUCAGUCUGGAUGAGCAAGAUAGCAUUUUCAGUGCCGAGGAGUCCAACAAGGCCAUGGAGUACCUGGCCCUCAAUCAAGUCGGCGAGAUAGAGGGCACCUAUAUACGUUGCCAUCAGAUGAUGGCCAGCAUCUUGACUUCCCUCGUCUACAAACAGGACCAAAAGUUUUUAAACUCCUUGGAGGUGGCCAUCAGCUCGAGUUUGCCGUGUUAAGCGAAUCUCAAUCAAACAUUGAAAUCGAAAUAAAACUAAGCAAUUGUAAAAUAUAUAAUUG